AUAAAUUUGAGUUUCAAAGAAGCCAAACCCGUCAACACAUCUUCUUUAAGCAUCUCUCUCCCUUCAAAGAAAAUAUCACAAAAAUGGCAAACGUCUCCGCUUUGCUCACCAUAGCUCUUCUCCUUUGCUCCACGCUAAUGUGCACUGCCCGCCCCGAACCGGCCAUCUCCAUCUCUAUCACGACUGCUGCCGAUCCAUGUAACAUGGAGAAGAAGAUAGAAGGAAAAUUAGAUGACAUGCAUAUGGUAGACGAAAACUGUGGUGCAGACGACGAAGAUUGCUUAAUGAGGAGGACUUUGGUCGCUCAUACUGAUUACAUCUAUACCCAGAAGAAGAAGCAUCCUUGAUUUUCACUUACUCAUUUCUAACAAACUUUUGCUCAAGAUUAUGUAAUUUAUGUCAUCCUUAAUUAGUAUUUGUCACAUACAAGAUCAAGAUAGUUAUGAUUGUGAUUAUUUAUAUGUAUUUUGGAUGAUAUAUUGUAGAACUAGAAGUUUGACAAUAAAAAGUUUAUAGUGUCGUUGUAUGUUUAAGAAGUUUGACAAUAAAAACUUUAUAGUGUUGUUGCAUAUAUGUGUUGAAAACUCAUUAAAAACACACACACACAUGAAGUACGCGUAUAUUUAUAAAUAAACUAUAAAAUUGAGAGUGGAU